CUGCUGGCUGGGGAGGGGGGCCACUCUGAACCAUCCUGUCGCAAGCGGGUUGUGGGUCCCUCGCUGAAUCCUCAUCUCUGGUGGGCUGGCGUGUUGCAGCCCCGCGUCUUGUGGCGGGAGGGCUGGCAGAGACCCCGGAAAGGUUUCUGCAAUACUGUACAGGAUGUCUUGAUUGUGUGUAUAUAUAUAUAUACUGUAGAGUAAUUUGAUGUGUUAGGAUUGUCACUAAUAAUAUUGCACUUUAUUAAUAUGUUUUGUGAAUCACUUUGAAGAACAAUAUAAGAUAGUAAAUAGUGGCAGGUACAAUGCGUGUUUUUUCCUUUCACGAUUGGUCGUUGUACCAUUUCUCAUGGCGUGUGCUUUCCAGAGUGGGUCAGCGGGGGGGGGGGGGGCUGCUCCAAACCCCCGGGGUGGAUGUGCCAGAGAGAUUCCUGCAGCCCCCCCCCCCCCCGCAUGUCCCUUCUCAGGCUUCAGCGGCUGCACGAAGACAGGCAGACCAUGUUCUUCCGCGACCCCUCCCCUUGGCGUGGGAGCGACUUCACUGCCCACCCGCUGGUACUGAGCUACGCCGACCGUACAGGGCUGAUGGGCAUCGACCGCAGGAUGCCUUCUGGUCACCCUGUGGAGUUCUUCAAGGUGGGGAGCGAAGCAGAGUGCCAGCGCGGGGAGCGGCUGGUUCAGGCCAGACACCUGGGCCAAGCGGAGCCCUUCCAUCACCUCAUCGCCACGCAGUUCUCCGUUUAUGUGCUGGACGAACGAGUCCCGCUGGUGCCCGUUCUCCGCUGGCGGCACAUGAUGCGCAGGCCUCCGCUGUUCAGCCACCUCACGCCCGGCGGGGGGCCGCAGCGCACCCACAAGCUCCUCCUGGGCACCCACCACAGUCAGGAGCUGCUGCUGGUGCAGUACGCAGGUGGCAGCAGCGCCCCGUGCCAGCUAUGGGGCCCUCCCCAGAAGCUCUCCUCCCUCAGCGACUGCCUCCCCCUCUUCCCCCUUCAGGUGCCCUCUGUCCUCAGUGCCCUCGAGCAGCGCCUGACCCAGCCCACCACUGGCAUCACAGCCGCCGUGGGCCGGCAGGGCCAGAGGGAAUCCCUGCUCAUCUUCCAGCUAUCCCAGGCCGGGGACCUCUUCUACCAGCCCCUUGAGCACCAGGAGGCAGCCGAGGAUGCCCCGCUGGAGCCAGAGACAACCCUGGGCCCUCUGCAGGAUGCUCCAGCCGCCACCCUCGGCCCUGCUGCGGCUGCCAGCUACCGUCGUUGGCUCAAGGGCUCUUGGCACAGUGGGCAGUGGGCACCGGUCAUGCCUCAGCCCCUGUGCGCCACUAGCAGGCGCCGUGCCUUCCGCCGUCUCUUCAGCCAGCGGAAGCUGCAGGAGGCGCCUGCGACCGUCGCUGCCUUUCAGGGCGUCCGCCAGCGCCUGCACGAGGCCAUGCGGGACCAACGGCUCCUGUGCCCCUGGGCGCCCAGACAAGCCUCGCCUGCUCCCUUGCCCCCGAAGCCGGUGGGCCGCCGGUCCGAACUGCAGGAGCGGCUGCUGGCCUCCUGGGCCGGGGGCUGGGCUGGCUGGUGGGAGGGCAAGCUGGGCCUGACAGAGGCGCAGAAGAAGCGGGCCCUCCGGGAGCAGCGGCGCCGGCUGAAGAGGGCACGAGGCCCCCCGAGCCUGGCCUCCAGCUUCACCUCCUCCCUCAGCGACUUCUCCCAGGGCUCGAGCGCCGGCACCAGCGGCAUCUGGGCAGCACCCCCUGCUGCCUCCCAAGAGGACUCUCUGCCAGGCUCCCAGGACUCGGGGUUGCUGCUGUCCAGCCAGACCCUGGCCAAACGGGGCAUCCCCCAAGAGCGCCGCCGCACCCUGCGCCAUUUCCUGGCUGUCCUGGAGCAGCCGCCAGAGCCCCCCGAGGACCUCUGCCAGGCACGGUCGGCCAGCCAACGCUCACUGCCCCCUUCGCAGGGCUCACAGGCCAGCCUGCGCUCACAGCCCCCUCGCAAGCGGCCCCUCAUGGGCUUCUGACGGGGCAAAGGGACAGGGGCCCCAUCAAUAAAGGACAAGUUGCUAUUA